GGAAGAUUUAAAGGUUCAAAUGCGGUAUAUCAGCUUAUCACUGCUAGACGUUCAUUCUAAGACGGAGGAACUAAAUACAACACUAUUCAGAAGUUAUGACGAUCAAAUAAGGGAAGUCUCUGCGCGAAUAAACAAUAUCACACAAAAAGUAGCCUUUACGGCAGGUGUAACGUCAACCAGCAGCUCCUGGAACAGCGGUACACUGGUGUUCGAUAGGAUCGUCUACAACAUAGGAGGAGGGUACGACUCAAGUACUGGUGUCUUCACAUCUCCUGUCGACGGACACUUUGUUUUCUUUGCCAACGUCCAAUCUUAUUCGAAUCAUUACGUAUUUACAUAUAUAGUGCUAAAUGGCUCUGCUAAAGUCACAACAAUGGCAUAUAGUGCUUCCUUUCAUCAAACAUACUCGGCAGGACCGAACUUGGUAGUUUUAAAACUUCAAAAAGGAGAUCAAGUUUGGGUUAAAUGUUACUCCGGGGCUGGGUAUCAUACCCAAGGUGAUGCUCCAAUGACAACAUUCUCUGGAUUCCUAAUAUAAUUUGAUUUUAUUAUUCUUAU